CUCCUACAAGGGGCUGACCUUGGUGGGAGCUUCACCAAUAGACUGUUAGCUUUGUUCCCAUUAAACCUGUUAUCCAGCCUAUCCCUUUCCAGUGUUGGUCAUGCCUGUCUCCUGAGCAACACAGGAAUCUUAACACAUGUGGAUAUUCAACAGUCAGACUCAGUCCCACGCACACCGUAGCUCAUGGAGGAGGAAAAUAGACAGCAAGGGAGAACAUUCAGGAGGCUAAAGUCAUGUUCUUAAGAAGUGGGAGUGUUCAGAGAAAACUCAGUGAACACUCUCUUCACACUUGAGCUGCCUCCAGAACAGCUGGAAUUGGGCUAAACAAAAAAAGCAGAGAAACAGAAAGAGAAAGAGCAAGAAGGGAAAAGCAACUUAUGAAAGAGACUUAAAACAGGAAUUGGAAUGACAUGGCUGUUUAGAUGUGAAUAUGUGGCAUGUUUGUUAACUGACUUUCAGAUAGUCAGCAUAAAAUGGGCUUCAUACGUCAGCAGGGAGAACGAGGCUCUAUAAUGCUGACUCUCUGAAUGGGCCAUGGAGGACAUAGUUGUGCGUGAGAAUUGCAAUGCUAUGGCCACUGACUCCCACCCGAUGGACAGAUCAGAUCAGGAAUCUGACUCCCAACCUUCAUCGAGUCCCACCCAUGUACUCAGAUCUGUCAUCUCCUCUUCUCUAAGCUCCCACACCAAGCUACAGCAACAUACCUCUGCUGUUUCAGCCCUGCAGUCCAAGGCAAAGGCUCGCUCAGAGCGCAAGGCAAUCUGGAAACAGCCUUCUAAAAAGAAAGAAGACAGGAGAGUGGUACCUGGGUUCUACAUGUCAGCAUGCUCUCAUACAGGUGUCUGGGGAUUCAGCAGCAGUGAUGAAGACAUGGAAGCUCGUGUUGAGGGUUUAAGUUUCCACACUAUUGAAGAUAAAAGAGUCAUCAAUUCCACGGGAAAAGGAGAAGCAGUAUUUCUGGAGAACAUCGCAGACAGGAUCACCAGGCAAGAGCCUGUGCUAUCAAAUGGAUGUGAUGUUCCAGCAAGAGAGGAAUCUAAUAGUGGUGUCAUGCCCAGGCACAUGGCUCUGAGGACAGAUCCCAGCAUUCAGGGAGAGAUUAACAGGUCAGACAGAGCAGAGAGCCAUCCUCAGAGCUGCAGGCCAAGUGACUCAGGCCUGGCAGUAGCAACAGGAAGCGAGCUGAGGCGUGCUGACAGUCUAGAGAGCAUCUGCAGCAGUGGAAGCUCUCUCUCACUAGCAGAAAGAGUGGAAAUAAACAGAUCCAUCCUCAGACAGAUGCUUCAGAAAGCCCAAAGGAAGAGUGGUGAGGGACAACAGGCUACAGUUACUGAUCAGAGGAUGGAGAAUACACAUUGCAGAGGUGGGCUGAAUGACAGUGACUGGGAUUCUGGGAUUUCUCUUCAUGACAGUGAGCAGAGUCAGAGGCCCUUUGUCUCAGGUGCAGAGUUGCCGCUUAGUCCUCGCCAUGAACAGGCCAAAAAACUGCUGGAGCGUGCUCGCAUGAAGGCCCGCUCAAACCCACUCAAAGCCGACCACACCAUCCUACCUGUCCAGAGGGACAAGCCGGAGCUGCUUUCCUGGGUCGGAGCACCUGUGCAGCAGGCUCCUCUUGUGGGUACGGAACGGGUGGUGGUUGGCUCAGGAAACCUCAGUGACUCCUCCAGCAGUGAUUCAACUGGAGGCUCUCGUCGUCGUCGAACCCAUGGGCAGUCUCCAACGCGUGUGCGUUUUCAAGAUGAGUCAGAAAAAGACGCUGAAGUGCGUUACUUGGAACGACAGUGCAGACAAGCUGGAGAGAGGGUGCAGGGACUGCUGGGAGUCAAACCCAGUUUGGCAACAUACAUCAACAGCCAGGACAAAUACAAAAGCAGGAAGAAUCAGGAGAACUUACCCAACGCUAAUAGUCAUUAUGAACCCGAGACCAUUGGUCAACAGUGCAACUCAUGUGGAACAAUUUUGGAUGGAGACUUUUCAGAUUCCUGCUUCUUUCAAAAGCAACCAUCGCCUGCUAAUGGAGAGGCUGAGGGAAGGACGGUGCCAUGCUGGGUUGCACCCACGCUGCCUAACCGCCUGGUGCGAAUAGAGCAGAUUAAAGAGACUUACAUAGGUGCCAUGAGCCCUGUCAUUGUGGAGAGCGAUGGCACACACUGUAGAGCCGCAGGCAGUGUGGGUAGUGUUAGAGGGACUCUACAGAAGCAGAAGAGAAAAAGUCGUAAGAGGGAUGGCAGUCCUGAGACGAGGGCCACAGCUGCCAAUGGGCUCAGAACACCAGGAUCACCAAGCAUUUCCAGUAACACACCCAUGUCUAAUGGCGCUAUAGCUCCACCGUCAAACCCAUAUGUCCUAGAGUCACUAGAGCUAAAGGUGGACAGUAGAACAUGUAAGUCUCUUGCUAACUUUAAAGCCUUUGUACCUUCAGUGGCCUCCAGAGGAGAAGUGGCAGAAGCUCAGUCAGUUCCCAGGCUCCUUCAGCCUGUUCCGCUACCUCUCCAGCCCAAAAUAUCUGCUCUGAAUUUGGAGAGUCCCAGUGACCAGCGAGUCAUGCCUUCUCAACAUCAUCAUCUUACACAUAUAGACACUGUACAAGAGGGUGGGGAGCAGUCAAAUUUGGAGGGUAUUCCUCAAGGAAACCCUGAUCCUCCAAAAAAUCCAGUGAUAUUUAAAAACUCUUUGUGGAAGGAACAAGCAGGUAGCAACAGUCAUGGCCAGAGAAUCAUAACACCAGGACAACAAGCAGGUUUGACACAGGACCAAAUCAGUGUGGAGGUAGCAGCCAGCCUUGCCAAAAAGUCUGUGAAUAAUGGACUUGUUCAAGGACCUAUCAAAGCCAAACAGCAAAGGGAGGACAGCCCAAGCCCUUCACCAAAUAUGGCCCCAGAGGCUGACCAAAGGGAGGGUAAAACUCAGCAGGCCCUGCGCCGCUUCUUUUCGGCCAUGGGUCUGAGUGCAGGAGGACGGAUUGGUAAGAGUCACUCCAGCAGCAUGGAACAGCUUGGCCCGCCACUCAAACCCAGAACAAACUCCUCAGAAACCCCUGCCCCCCCCCACACACUAAAGAAAGCACCCUCGCUCCAGAACCUACGUCUGGCGUCUCCCUUCGCUCAGCUGAAGAAAUCCUCCUCAGUGCAGAAUCUCCAGUGUUCCAAGAGGAAGCCGGAGCGCUCUACUGUAUAUACACCAGGGGAACGGCCCUGUAGCCCCGCCCUCUCCAGGGGUCUCCAGCGUGCACUGAGCAUCGAGGAUGUGGGCAGCCCCAGUGCUAUGCGCUCAGUGGGUAGAGUCGCUCAGGCGUAUCCUGAUGGGACAUUUCUGUUAGAGCUGAACCGGCCUCCAGACAGGCCCUUCGGCUUCCUCAUCUCUCGUGGGAAAGGCAGACCAGACUCAGGUGUGUAUGUGGAGGACAUGGGGGACAGCAGUACUCAGAAGCUGUAUUCUGGACUGCUGGGAGUGGGUGAUGAGAUCCUGGAAGUGAAUGGGGAGAAGGUAGCCGGGCUGAGUUUGGACUUGGUCACCCAGCUGAUGGUUCAGAAUGGUACAGCGUCCAUCCGUGUGCUGCGGCACCGACCACCUCACCGCUAACACCACAGAGGAAGUAGCCAGGAUGUGGUGUGGGUACUGAUCUGCUGGGCUUGAUUGUAAACACCUAUGUUCUGACUCUGUUCAUUUAUUCUGCUGAUGUCAUGCUUGAAUGAAUUCCGUGACUAGGGUGUGUGUGUGUUAGAAACAACAACGGAAGGGUUUUUUUUUUUAUCAGCACUAACACCCAGAUAAAUCCAUUUUCCUCUUGUCUGACUGCAUUUUGAAGAAGUGCAGAAAACUUGCAGUGCAGAAAACUGCCUCAAAUAUUACUGCACAACCUCUGGGACUGUAUUUUUUUUUCCUUCCAACAAAGAUUUUGAACUUUUGAUAUCUCAAAAUAUUAGAAUAAAGGAUCAGGAAGCUAUUGCAAGGUUGUGAUGGACUUCAACAGGAAACAUAGCAAGAUGCACAUCACACAUGACACUGUUGCCAAAAUUAUUAAUAAAUUCAAAAAGACUAGAAGUGUUGCAGACCAACCGAGGAGUGGACGUUCACAAACAUCCACUGACAAAGGCACAAUCGGCGUGGUGCUGGCAAACAUAGUCCCCUAUGGAGACUUUUGGGACACCCUGUAGAUCCACACCGCUGAUCUGAAUUGUUUCAUAAAGCCACGGCCAGUUUGAAAAGUAAAAUCUAACUUUUGCUUGUCUUGUGCGAUGAGAUUCUACAGGGUGCUGGGUUGUCUUUUCUUACUUAAAACUGUUCAGUACCCCUCUUCAUGGUUACAGGGCUAAAAGAUCAUGUUCUCAAAUUCUCAGUCUAUAUCCUUUCAGUCUCUACAGGAUUUCCCUCAUGAUAGUAGCAUGCUUCUUUCCUUCAGAACAAAAAAAUCAGGAAUUGGUAAAACAGUGAAGGCAAGAACGAACUCACCAUAAAUUAGAUUAAUGCUGAGUGAAGUUAUCUUAUACGUUCACUAGUUGCUGCUGUAGGUGGUACAAAAAACUAGUUUGGGUGGUAGACAAAAACAUUGAGGCAGGCAGUAAUGAAAGCAGCUGAAUGUAGUCUGAAAAUAUUUCAGAGUAGUUGAAGCCAAUUCAGUCAACUGCACAAGACUGGGAAGAUUUUCUUUUGCUUUGCUUCGAUUUCAGUUUGCAUGAAACGGAGAGGUGUGCACUUGACAGUUUUUGUAAUCCCAUUCCUGCCUAUUCCCAAAGGAAAUCCUCACACAGUUAUUUUUGUUGUACCUUAAAGCUAAAUAACAUUUAAAUAAAAUCUUUGCACUCUGGCAGAGUAAAUUCCUGUGACCAGUGCUGUGUGAAAAAGCGCUUGUUUAGCCACAGGUUGCACAUCACUAUCCAAUCCCACUUAGUAUGUUUAGAGUCAGAUCAGCAUGCUAGUUCAAAGAGACCUAUCCAGACUCCCUUUUACAGACCUGAGUUAAACAUGGCAGAAAAGACUCCCAGACACUGUUGUAGAUUUGUUUGCUUAUAUCCUGGAAAGGAUUUUGCUUUAACUAUGAAAAAGCCUACUACUUUUUGAAUUACUGGUCGACUAGUAAAAAUUUUUCGUCAUGCAGACUGCGCCAUAAAUACACACUAGGUACACAAGUCCUGUACCAAAAUACAAAGGCUCCCAUUGUUCACAGUUUCUAGUUUCUCAUUUUUCCUUAGUUCCUGACAUACAAAGUACUCAAAAUGCAUUCGUAAUGCAAAAUGAAAUACCAAAAAAGUAUUAUACCACUUUCUUUAACUACAGAACCGGAGCAUGAAUGCAAAUGUUUUGAAUGCAAACAGUUAGCUGCAAUACUAACUCCACACUGCAUAGUAAAUUAUUUAAAUGCUUCAUUCUGUAUAGUUGCAACAGUAUUAUGACACAUGCACCAUGAAUUAAUGACUUUCAUUUUGUGUACAUAUAUUUACUGUCUUAUGAAAUAAAAUAAAUUGCUGAAUGCACAUGACAUUGUUAUAGUAAUUUGCCAACACAGUGUCUUUCAGGUGCAGAUCUGUUACAAGUUGUACUAUAAUACAUUUGCUUUAUGUAUUGCGCACUCACUGGUGCAAACAUGUUACAUAUUCAUCAUUUUGAGUGUAAUCCAUAGGAAAUGGUAAACUUCUUAAAUGACAAAAUGGUGAAUUUGGCGAAGGUGGCAUGUGUCCCAGUCCCAGACAGCAGGUAUGGGGGAGGACUGAGAUCAAUAUCCCCACUUCUCCCAAGAGAUUAGGCAUUGAUGGAUCUCAUUAUAAAUAUAUAUAGCAGCACUCAAAGGCAUUGCACAUACAUUCUGUAUUUCUUUAUCAUCCCAUGAUGCCUUGCUUCUAUAGUCCAGGCUGC